AUGGCUACCCAACUAUCUUCACAAACUGGCAUUGUCCUUAUUGACCCGUACAAUGACUUUCUUCACCACGAUGGCAAGCUAAACCCUGCCGUUAGGGAGUCUCUUACGACGACUGAUACGAACAAGCAUCUGAAGACGCUUGUCGAUGCCGCUCGAGAACUGCACAUUCCAAUCUUCUAUGCUAUGCACCAGGAGUGGAAGGAGGGCAACUACCAAGGGUGGAGCCACUUAUCCACGUCCAACUCGAGACUCAACAUGGCCAAGGCCUUUGAGAAAGGAACGUGGGGGGCAGAGUUUCUGGAAGGUCUUGAGCCAGAUGUGCUUGGCAAUGGGGAUGUAGUCGCCAGCAAGCAUUGGAACAGCAGUGGAUUUGUCAACACAGACUUGAACUAUCAACUGCGUCAACGGGGAAUCACUCACCUCGUCAUGGCUGGUAUGGUUGCCAACACCUGUCUAGAGUCAACUGCCCGUGACGCCAGGGAGCUGUCUGACGGUACAGCGGGGUUUACAGGUCCGCAGAAAGAUGCGGCGACAGACCUCAUCUGGCCGCUGAUCGUGGAGAAUGUUAUGAAAGUUGACGAAUGGGUUAAAGAGGCACGCCAGAGCCAGUCCUAA